AUUAGAAACAGAUAUAUAGAGAGGAGUUUUUUUUUAUUUGUUAAUCUAUUGGGCUGUUUAUGAUAUUCAAAUGAAUAGAGAAUCCUGAAAGAGAGACUUAACAUGCGAGAAAUUAAGUUAUGACAUCCAACACAAGACUUGCAGCGCAUCAGUUGUACGGCAGUCAGUGCUGCAAAACGUCAUGAACAUGACGCGAUUAUCACAAUCGAAAGAACAAAGAACAUCUCGUUGGUAAGUCAUAAAUUAAGUAAAGUGCGUCAUGAUACGUCAAAGAUGACUAUGAUUUCAGUGGCUGACGACAGCAACUGGACACACACAACACAGUGAUUUCUUCAACUACUAGACACUCUGGCUCGGAAGACUUUUUUCCAAAGACUAGACUACGUCACAUCCACAGCACGUCAAAGCUUUCGAAUCGAUGUUCCAGCCGCCGAAGGUCGUACAUAUCGUCGUCGGUGAUGUAAGACGUGCGUUCCAAUUUCCCCAAAACUGUUUGUCCAUCGUCGUGCAAACUAGACUUCAAUCGAUACAACCUGGUUCGAUAAGUUUGAGCGUUCAGGGAUUUCCCCGUUUCCGGACGUAAAUGCUACUUCAUUGCGCUGGCGCACCAGCAAACACCUGUGACGGAAGCCAUAGUUGCAACGCGCGAGGGGACUGAGCUAGUUCUAUGCCCGGCAGGUUCCCCUUAGCAGAGUUUCCUCACUUGUAGACCUCCCAAUAGUUUUUUUUUUGGUUGUUGUUGCUUGUUCGGUUGCAAGGCUUCCUUCGUGAAACCACCGGGUGGACAGGUAAGGUUGUUUUUUUUCUCUCCCCAAGCCAGUCCAAAUCCAAGCGCUAGACGGCGCACACUACACCCUUAAGCCCGAAUGAGUACCAACUGAUACGCCGACGAUGGAGUACGUGUUCGACGUGUUCUUCGAGGAGUGCUUCGACAAGAUGGAGCGCAGCGGGCUGUCAUCGCGGGCCGGCCGGCGCGACAUCAUCAGCCACCUGAACUCGGUCAUCUCCGGCUGCAUCCAGGGUCGGCAGACGGCCACGACCCAGCUGGCAGUGGGGCUGGCCGUCACGUCCGCCAUCGACUACCACAACCGGAUGAAGGGCGACAACUACGAGGUGUGCCUGAUGGGCAAGUAUCACAACGUGCUGUACAUAGCGCUCCGCAUCACCUGGGACUGGGGGCUGGAGGAUUCAACCAUCGUGCGAAACCUGCUAGGUACGGGAUGCGCCAAGUACAUUUUGGCGUCAAGGAUUUACACAUCCCUAACCGCUCGUCCACCCACAGAUGAAAUCUUCAAGUGUGAAAAGACGUUCGAGCGGCUGUUUCUGGGCGCACUGUUCGGCUGCAAUGCGCCCCACUUCAUCGCCGGCUGGAAGAGCGACUUCAACGAUCAGGACGAGAACCUGCGUGCGGUCGUGUUCUUCCUGCACCAUUCGGCGAAGGCGCGUGCCAUCUAUCCGACCUACUCGUACGCUUACCAGCGGCUGCGCCAGACCAAAUUCAUCGAUGUGCCGAUCGAGUCGUGCGGUAAGGCGUCGCCGCUACGCGUCGCCCUGCAGGCAUCGGCACCUGACGUCGUGCUGAUACUGCUGCGGCACGGUGCCAACCCCUGCCCGGACGAUGGUGGCGCUAGCCCGGUGCUGAGUCUGCUGGAAAAGCUGGCCGAGUGCGAAAACCGCUGCUACCCGUUCCAGCUGGUGUCGUGCCUGAAGCUGCUGCUCCGCACGGUUCGCAUGGUGGAGCUGCCGUACAAGCCGCACCUGUACGCGGUCCGCAAGGAGAUGUUCCACGCUAAGUACGAGGCGCUGCUAGAGGACGGACUGCUGCCACCGGACCAGGUGUACGGUGUGCCGACGCUCAAGCACACCUGCCGCUGUCUGGUGCGGGACGUGCUGCGCGACAACUUUCAGCUGCCCGGCGGUGUGUUAAAGCUGCCGCUGCCCCGCAAAAUGCAGAAAUAUAUCGAUUUGCUCGACUGAUGAGUGCA